UGGGCCAGACAAACCUAUAAAUACAACUUAAUUCUCGGGUUGAAUUUGAAGGCGCGAAAUGGCAGCAAAAUCAAAGAGAAGAAAGCUCGAUGAUUCUGCACACUUCACCAGGACUGCAUCUGCAUCAGCUGGAAAGCAAGAAACAUAUGCACCACCACCAAGGAGACCAAAGACUGAUGUGGUUCAGAAUAGGGGACUCAAUCCAGAAAGUAGAGGAGAAAUGGCAGCUGAAUCAAAGAGGAGAAAAGUUGAUGAUCCUGCACCCUUCAGCAGGACCGCAUCUUCAUCAGCUGGAAAGCAAGAAACAUUUGCACCACCACCAAGGAGACCAAUGACUAAUGCGGUUCAGAAUAGGGGACUCGAUCCAAAAAUCCAACAGGCGAGAGAUUAUGCAGUUGCGCAGGCACAACAGGACGGUUGCAUGGCAAACUUCAAAAUCAUCGAUUCUCCAUUUGGAAAUUUUCUUCUUCCGGUGAUUCCAACACGUGCAGAACUCAACAGAUAAUAUUCUCCUUUCUAAUUGGUCAAAAACCCGUGUUUAGAUUGCAUCUUAAGACACUUGAAUCAAUUUUGUUUUAAAGUUUGAUGUCACCGGUGUUGAUUGUAGUCAAUUUUUUUGGUGCUA